GGCUCCGGCCCUGUGGGCGGGGCCUGAGGGCGGGCGUAGGGCCGAGGAGCCGGCGAGAGGCCGCGGAGCCGGCGGCGGCGGCGGCGGCGGGGACCUGUGCCCGCGGGCGCCUCCAGUGCCUCCGCGUGGUUUUGUUCAUGUUCCGAGGAGGGUGUGACCAGGAGCCAUGGACCCGGCAGCGCUGGUGGAAGCCGUUGUGGAGGAGCUGGCCUGUCCCAUCUGCAUGGCCUACCUGAGGGAGCCCGUGAGCAUCGACUGUGGCCACAGCUUCUGCCACAGCUGUCUCGCCGGGCUCUGGGAGGUCCCGGGGGAAUCCCAGAACUGGGGUUACACGUGUCCCCUCUGCCGGACUCCCGUCCAGCCAGGGAACCUGAGGCCUAAUUGGCAGCUGGCCAACGUGGUAGAAAAAGUCUGCCUGCUAGGCCUGCACCCAGGAAUGGGGUUGAAGGGCGAUGUGUGUGAGCUCCAUGGAGAACAGCUGAAGAUGUUCUGCAAAGAGGAUGGCCUGGUCACAUGUGAGACCUGCAGCCGGUCCCCUGAGCACGAGGCCCACAGCGUCGUGCCCAUGGAGGAUGUCGCCUGGGAGUACAAGUGGAAACUCCACGAGGCUUUGGAACACCUGAGGAAAGAGCAAGAAGAGGCCUGGAAGCUGGAAGUUGGUGAGAGGAAACGAACUGCCACCUGGAAGAUACAGGUGGAAACCCGAAAGCAGAGUAUCGUGUGGGAGUUUGAGAAGUAUCGGCAGUUACUAAAGCACAAGCCACCCGGUGAGCAGCUGGAGGCAGAGGCAGCCUCAGCUCUCGCCAGCCUGGAGCGGGAGGAGAGGGACACGAGGCAGAAACUGGAGCUGAGUCACGACACGCUCAUCCAGCAGAGCCGGGUCCUGUGCCGGCUCAUCGCAGAGCUGGAAGAGAGGUCUCAGAGGCCUGUCCGCUGGAUGCUGCAGGGCAUUCGGGAGGUCUUAAACAGGAGCAAGUCUUGGAGCUUCCAGCGGCCAGAACCAGUCUCCCUGGAACUGAAGACAGAUUGCCGGGUGCCGGGCCUGAGGGAGAUCCUGAAGACGUAUGCAGCUGAUGUGCGCCUGGAUCCCGACACUGCUUAUUCCCGCCUCAUCGUGUCUGAAGACAGAAAGUGCGUGCGCUAUGGAGACACCAACCAGAAACUGCCCGACAAUCCUGAGAGAUUCUACCGCUAUAACAUCGUCCUGGGCAGCCAGUGCCUCUCCUCAGGCCGGCACUACUGGGAGGUGGAGGUGGGAGACAGGUCUGAAUGGGGCCUGGGAGUGUGUAAGGAAGAUGUCGACCGGAAGGAGGUGGUCUAUUUAUCCCCCAACUAUGGCUUCUGGGUGAUAAGGCUGAGGAAGGGCAAUGAGUACCGGGCAGGCACUGACGAGUACCCCCUCCUGCCCUUGCCAGUCCCUCCCCGGCGGGUGGGUGUCUUCCUGGAUUAUGAGGCCCAAGACAUCUCCUUCUACAACGUGACCGACAACGGCUCCCACAUUUUCACUUUCCCCCACCACCCCUUUCCCGGGCGCCUCCUGCCCUACUUUAGUCCUUGCUACAGCAUCGGUGCCAACAACACUGCCCCUCUGGCCAUCUGUUCCCUGGACGGAGAGGACUGAGACCCACCAUCCAGCCAGAGGCCCCAGGGGUCUCGCAGGGCCCCGCCCCUGACAAGGGUUCCCUUAAACUGAGUUGAGCGUAGAAUUUGGGAUUCCUCUGCCUGGCCCAGUGGUCUGCUGCUCCUCAGCCCACAUCUCUCACUAAACUUCUCAUGUGAAGGAGGUGAGGCUUAGUCACAUGGGCAUUGUCCCUGUGAGGGAAGCAUGACAGGGCUGAUGGUGAAGGACCCAGUGACUCUCACAGGAGAACUUGUCCUUUCUGUAGCUCAGGCCCCUCUUUUUCAGUCCCUGUUGGUGCCAUAACUAAGUCAUGAAGGACGAUGAAGUAGAUCCUACCUUCUGGAAACCUGUUGGCAAAAAAAUCCAGCUCACAUCCAGAGCUGGCUGCUCCAUAGAGGCCAGUUGGAGGAGGCCUCCCCUGAGGUUUGCUGCUGAUGAGCAAACGUUUGAGCUCUGCUCUCUGACAUGCAAACUAGAGUCAUUCGUUGCGGAUUGCCCAGACCACUCCAGUGGCCCUCCUCCUCAGCACGAGCUGGGCACACCACUGUCUCAAGCUCUAAGGAGGCCUGUGUCUCCUUCUUGCUGGAAGAAUCAGAGAACCUGUGAGCCUUGUUUUUAGUUUCACUCUGUGGAAGAGAAAACUGAAAUGGCCUUAAUAGAGUAAGUUAUUUCUCGCAGAGCUAUUGAAAGCAGAUUGUAGAGAUUAUAACUUAUUUCUCACAUUCAAACGAAUCAAGAUCGGCAAGGCUCACUUCUCGGGUCACAUGUCUGCGUGUCAUUCAUUACUUUUGGGUCUGAGACUUCCCACCCAAUUGAAAGGCUUUUCAGCCUCUGGAAAAAUGGGUGGAGUGGCUGUAUACUCUCCUACCUCACAGGGUUUUUGUGAGGAUCUCGGAUCCAUCCCAUACUUGUGUUCCUUUCUCAGGGACAGAGGAAGGCAAGUUGAGAAUAUUGCCCAUCUUACCUUCCUAUCUCACAUUCUCAGCCAGCAUCUUACAGCAGGGCCUCUGUCUCGAGGCCUCUCCUCACAGUCUAGAGCUCUUUAGACAGAAGGUGGCCCUCCCAGGGCAAACUCUGGGCUACUUAGUAUUCUGUGUAUCUGUUGUAGGUUUGUCUCUUGUUUGGAUUAGAAUUGGGAUUGUGACCACAGGAUAGAGACGAGAUAAUUUAAAAUGAAAAACAAAAUGCCCAGGAAAAAGACUCGCUCGCCUAUAAGCUAGUUGAGCUAAAGUUUAGAUCUUUUUGUGUCACAAAGGGAGUCUGAAUUGUUCUGGUAACUAUGUAACAUUCUCCCUGCCUUUGUCUUCUUUAAAUCUGUGGCAGAAGGAGAAAUGGGAGGCAGUGUGAGGGAAAGAGUAGGACUAGGCACAGAAGCCAGUUUGGGAGCUGUAUCUAUAGUGAAGGGGAACUUAAGACUGUAUCUGUGCUAUUGGCCUAUGAGUGAUUGCUGUGUGUGGCAAAAAUAACUCACUGAAGGCCUUAGGAGUGUGAUGUGGGACGGUUGUGUCUAGAAAUGAACUGCAAGACUAGCAUGAAGAGUUCAUGGCUUUGCCUGUUGCGAGAGGCUACAACAUAAAGACACAAUUUCUGAUGUACUUUAGAUGUGAAGGUAAUAAUGUUGGGGAAGGAAUGAACAGCAAAGAAGAUAGUAGAUGAUGUAUGGACAGAAGUAAAGUAAUUCCUGUAAUAAAUAAUAGCAAAAACUGCCUUUCUACUUUGUUAGUAAAUGAAAGAGGUAAAAAAAAA